AUGGAAAACAAUCUCGCACCACCUUUUCGAAAGAAAAAUAAGAAACGUCAAUCAACAACUCAAAAGAUUAAUACCCCUUUAUUAUCUCCUAAAUGUGAUUUACUUUCAUUUAUUCAAAUAUCAGAAAUUCCUUCAAAAUAUCAACAACAAACUCUUCACUUAUUUUGUAUUUCUGGUGAAAUUAUAUCAUACAUUCACCAUACAAACAAACCUGCUUUUGUCACACUUGGAAAUGGAACAUAUAGUCUUGUUUUAAAGUUUUUACCAAAUUUAUUUAAUCCAGAUGUUACUAGUUUAUCUUGUCGAGCUUUAGAAGAAGACAUAUGUGUUCCUCAUGAUAAAAUAGUUAUUGUUAACCCUGCUGCUUGUUCUUAUAUGGUUUCACAAGAAAAUCCACAUCAAAUAGUAUUAGAAUUAGUUGAUUUUUCUAACCCAUUAAUUUCUCUAACUCAAAUAUGGAUAUAUCAUGACUCUUUAAAGUAUGUUUUUUUUCCAGGAGGUUCGGGUAAUUAUUGUGGUAAUAUGAAUCCUACAGAUCGUUCUUUUUGUUCAAAUAUUAAUUAUUUAUCAGGAAAAGGAGAAAUUAAUGAAAUUAGUAUUUCAGUUGUUCAUAAAUGGAGGGUGCAAGGUUAUUUCUAUGAUUUUAUUGGAUAUGUUUUAUUUCCUGUUAAAGAAAUAAAUGGAAAGAAAUAUGUUUCUUUUUUUAUAGGUUAUAAUGAAGCAGUUAUUAAUCGUUAUAUGUCAGACAAACAUGAAUAUCUUCAAGGAUUAGAUCAAAUGAUUGGAAUUGGUGAUUUAUAUUAUCUCGAAUAUAAAGAAGAAAUACGAGCUAAUGAAAAUACUUGGGUUAAAGUAAUAAAUGGAGAGUUUCUUUUCAAGUCUACUUCAGAAAUUGGUAUAGACUUACCAAAUGGAUAUAUGGAAACCUUAGUAGUAAAUGAUCCUCAAGUUUCUCGUAAGAAAGUUGAAAUUAUUAAAAAUGCUUUUGCUGUUAAUCAUCAAUUUGGCUCUGAGUUAAUCACAAGAAUGUCUAAUGAACCAGAAUUAAUUUAUGAAAUGAAGUCACAAUGUAAUGACUCACAGGGAGAAGACAUUAUUAAAAAAAAAUUAGAUGAAAUACUUUUACAACCCAAAGAUGACUUUUUAUUAACAACUGAUGAAAAUGAAUUAAGUAAGUCUAUAUUAAGUAAAAAAAGUGUUGAUAAGGAGCUAUUCAUUCCUUCAUUAAAUGUUUCUAAUGUUAAUGUCACAGAACAAGACUGUUGUUUAUCUAAUAAACAAAAAUUCAACCAAUUAACAGAUAACGUUGUUGUUAUGCCUUCUAAAAACAAAAAUACAUUAAUAGAUUCAAAUGAAGUUAGUAUUGACUUAGAAGAAGAAAAUAAUGAUAAUAAUUGUCAUUCUUCACAAAUACAUCAAUCUGAUAUAGACUCAAUAAUUAAUGAGUUAGACCAACAAAUAUCCAACGAUGAUAAAACUAAAGAAAAUAACGAAGAAAAUGGUUCAGGUAAAUUCGCUCAAAGUACUGAAAGAACUCAAUCAAGAAAUACUGAGACAUCAAUAACAAUUUCAUCAUUACUUACUCAAGAGUCAUCAGAUGUAAAAGAGUAUAAUUCUCAAGAUAAAAUAAUAAAAGAACAAGAAACUGUUAAAGAUAAAAUAAAAAAGAAAAGAAGUAGUGAAAUUAAGAUGAAGUUGUUAUUUCCACCAAAAGUAGACAGUGAAGAAUGGAAAGAAAAACCAAUUGAAACUAAAAGGAAAUGGUUAUAUGAUAAAAUGAAUAAUAAAAAUGAUUCUAUUAGUAGUCAAGAGGUGUUUUAUUCUUCUACUCCUGUUGUUCCUAUUAAUAAUAAUUUUAACACCAAUUCUAUUAAAAUAGAAUCACCAAAUCUCUCACAAACUAAAGAAUUUAAAAAACAGAAUGAUUCAGAAAAAGAGAUUAAAUUAGAAGAAUUACUAAUACCCACUCAAACUGAAGAAGUACUCAACGAAAAUGAACAAAGAAAAAGAAAAAAAGAAAUGAAUGAAAUAUCGACAAAAAGAAGUUUAGAAGAAAUGACACAAAACGAAGAAUUGAUUAAUCAAUUAAACCAGAUUAGUCAAAAAGAAUGCUGUUGGAAAUCAGUUCAAUUUUCUAAAUAUAAAUUAGAAUGUGAAAAAGAAAAUGAUCUUUUUAUUCAACAAGGUCAUUUCAGUUUAUAUUUAGAAGAAUUAAAUUCUAAACAUACAACAAUCUAUCAACUUUCUCAUCAAUUAAAUGUUUGUUGUUUAAUAUUCGUUAUGAUAAAAGAUACUGUUUUUAUUAACUAA